AAAAAGGAAGUUUACACAAUGAUUAACAAAUUGACUUUACAUACUAACAAGGUUAAGUCAAAUGCAUAAUUCAGUAACGCAACACAUUUGAAGAAGUGUUUAAAACAUGUCGUUACUGAUAUUCCUGUUGUGGUCAGUUUGUCUGGCCCACGUGGAGAGUUUGACAAUCUCUGACUUUUAUCCUUUUGGUGAGGACAGGGGUGAUACUACAAUGGUUAAGAAUGAUGACGGAAGUUCUCCCAAUAUUCCAAUUUCCACUAAAUUCCCUUACUUCAAUCAUCAACACGACAAAUUAAUUGUAAGUACAAAUGGUGCUAUAUCAUUCCUGACCCCUGUGUCACAAUAUACCCCGGAUCCCUUUCCGCUGGAUGGGGACCGAAGACUUAUCACUCCCUUCUGGGCGGAUGUGGAUACUAGGAAAGGAGGAAAUGUGCGGUACAGAGAAACUACAAACCUAGAAAUAUUAGAGAGAGCUUCCAAUGAAAUAAAGUCUAAUCUCCCAGCCUUUUACCGUUUUCGCGCUGCUUGGGUUUUCAUAGCUACAUGGGAUAAUGUGGCCUUUUUUGGAUGUUCCUCUACUGGUUGUUUGAAGAGAAAUACCUUUCAAGCUGUACUGAUUACAAAUGGACAACAUUCUUUUACCAUAUUUAAUUACGCAAACAUUGAAUGGACAACUGGAACAGCAAGCAGUGGGAAUGCAGAUACUGGGCUUGGGGGAAAACCUGCACAGAUUGGUUUUAAUGCUGGUGACGGGAAAGUAUAUUAUGUAGUGAACGGGUCACGUACAAUAGACAUUGUCAAUAUAAACAAAAAGUCCAAUGUACGCAUACCAGGAAAGUUUGUAUUCAGAAUAGAUUCAUCGGAAAUAGGUGGAGGAGGGUGUAAUACAAAAGGCAAUGUCAUCAUAACGCCACGGAGUGGUCCAAUGCUCGGUGGUCAACACCUGACAUUCAGUGGACCAUGUCUAGAAGAAUAUACUUCAUUCAAAAUCAAGUUCUCCAACACUAGAUAUACAUUAAUAUGUGAAAUGGACUCACCCUACAGCUUUUAUUGCAUUACACCUAUGUUUGACAGCACUGGUGAUGUCCAAGUAGAUAUCAUAUUGGCUAAUCAAAACAAAACCGAUAUGUUUAUUGGAAACUACACUGUUUUGAAUCCUGCUUUCAGCAAAGUCCUUGUAAAUCGCCAUAACGGAAACAGCUGGGAAAAUGAUGAACAUAAUAUUUCGUGGAAUGGUAACGUGAAAGAACUUCAAAACAGUAGCACAGUAGACCAUCAAGGUACAAGUAUCAUGAGUAUGAGGACAUGUAGUGCAAAAAUUGGCGUAUGUUUUUUUUUCUUUUCAAAAUCAAAGGAGGAAAAUGGUGAGAUUAAAUUAAAUCCUUUUAUUGCAAAGACGAAUAUAUUGAACUCAAUCGGUUGGACGACUUUUCGUUUAAAGAUGACUGAGCAGGUUGCCAUUCUACGGGUGACAUCUCGUGUGCAGACUGCAUUUAUAAUGCCACAGAGAGGAAUAUGGUCUGACAUGUUCCCAGUCACGCCAUCCAGAACUAACGCUAGCCUUUUUUGUAAAGACUGGAUAAAAAAAGAAGGUUCGUCUCCAAAGUUGAGUGUUGCAGAACCUUGUCCGUGUACUCUCCAACAAGCGCUGUUAGACAUUGUAAAGUACCAGCCCGAUCCUGACUGCAACAUGCUCCACGUGGGAGCAGAGGGGCGGGGCAACUGUCGUUAUAGGCGUGAUGCACAGCAUUGUGUGAGGCUGACAAUACCAAGGUAACGUUUCCUCUAAAAUCAUUUCUAUAAAACUCAUGACAAAGCGACAG